AUGACUUUUGACCCCUACGACCAGAACAGCUGGUUCUUUGGCUCGUUGUCACGAAAUCAGGCAAUAGAAAUACUGAAGCAUGAGAAAGACAAAGGCGUCUUCCUCGUGAGGAACAGCACCUCGAUAGUCGGCGACUUGGUUCUCUCUGUAAAAGAGGAAAAUAAGAUAAGUCACUACAUCAUUAACAAGAUUGAAGUGGAAGGCGAGUCGCGCUUCAAAAUCGGAGAGAACACCUUCCACGAUCUGCCCACUCUGUUGACCUUCUACAAACACCACUACCUUGAUACGACGCCCCUUGUCAAAGCGGCAAUUAAAAAAUUGCAGUACGUCCGUGCCAGGUUCGAGUUCUUCGGAAAGGACAAAGACGACUUACCGUUCAAGAAAAAUGAAAUACUAGCAAUCAUAUCAAAGGAUGAAGACCAGUGGUGGACAGCUAGGAACGAUAGUGGCACUAUCGGCUCUAUUCCUGUGCCUUAUGUCGAUCCGGUUGACGAAGAUGAGUACCUGAAUGAGAAGAACAGAGCCGCCAACAAUUCGCUUGAGACAGAUGGAAAGCCAGAGCAGCAGCCUCCGUCGCAGCAGCCGACACCGCCGACACUGCAAGCGGACUUCCAAACAAUGGCUGAUGCCUCUAGUCUUGACCACUGUCGCUCAUCGCUGGGCAGUUCAAACUCCUCCGCCUCAGUCAACUCUCAGCUCUCCGGCGUGGAGACUAAAUCACAAAACAGCGCAGAACCAAAUGGCAAGAAAACAGUGCCUAAUCUCAAUCGAAAGUUACCUGCCAAAGCCGUGGUCGUCCAGCAGAGGAUACCGAAUGCCUACGAUAAGAAAGCCUUGAGACUUGAGCUGAGCUACAUUAUGUUGCGUUAUGUUUAUGAGAUCGGAGUCGACACCAACUUCUUGCCGACUUGCCGCCAGGCAUUUACCAUGUGUUGA